AUGGCGCAACUCUACGAUCAGUCACCUGAGAUUCUACACAACAUCUUUGUGAACGUCGAGUCAACAGACCUUGCCAACCUAUCUCGUACCUGCAAGCACUUCAGCCAGUUUAUCGCCAACGAUGAGUUCUUGUGGAAACUCCAGUAUGAGGCCAGAUUUAACGGUCUUCAAGAACAGGUGCUGACUUCUUCUUCGAUGAAACAGGAUGAUCUCGAGCACAGAGAUGAUGGCACAUCAUAUAGGGACCGGGUGACUUCAAUGGUCAGAAUGGAGAAAUGCUUAGAAUCUUCAAGCGAGGAUGAAAAGCCAAUCCGUGAUCCAAACGCACUGACAUCUUCAUUCGAAACCUCUCAGAAUGCACAUCUCGAACAGGUCCUGAAGCAGAGUAUCGAUCUCGCCCUCAACUCUCCAGCGGCAUCCACUCGAAACCAAGACUUUCUGACCGGACUCUAUCGAAAUGCAAUGAACACAUGCAUGUUUCUCUGCCGCUCCAGCAUAUUUGCACUAGCCAAACCAUCCAUCUGGAGUAUCGGGCCAACCGAGGAUCUUCGCCAGCUCUCCGCCCAGCUGCACGUCUUAUGUGGUAUGGACUUGGAGUCAGCGUGGCCACCCCCUGACGAGAUGGCGUGCCCUCAUGUUCUAGACGAACAAGGUGUGAAUCCGAAUCUGUUUCCUCUACGUUUCGUCCAUCCCUACGCCAGAUCCAGAGUCUACGAUCUCCGACGAUACACAGAUGGAAACAUGUGGGGACCAUUCAUGAAUGACGGCUCGCAGCGGGUCGACUGGGAGAAAGUACAGGCCAUCAUGAUCGUCCUUGCCUUCAAUCUUCGUAUCUUCAUGGAACGAAAUUUGCGCCCACGGCCUAGAGGGCCACUAGCCGCGAGUAGUUCUUCCAGCGAUGCAUCUUCUUCGUCGUCUACGAGUCCCCAAAUAUCAACAUCCCAACCGGCAUCUUCAAGCUCUUCAUCUAGUGCAACACCCGCCACAAGCUCAGCUCGCUCUCGUUUUCGCACUUCGACGACGAAACACAGCGCCCAGCUGUGGGAUGAACCCUUCCAAGGCAUCGCCAAAGGCAGCUUUGUGUCUCAGCCUCUCGGCGGGGAGGAGGGCGACAAGAUCGCACCAAUCCUCCACCCAGACCUCGACGCACUCGACCCCUACGGCGUGACCGGGACAUGGACACGCAUCGUCUGCUUCCUGGACUACAACGAUCUCUACAGCUUUAAUUUCGAAUCCGAGGAUAUCCCAUUGACGCAGGAGCGCGAUCCCAUCACGACACGCGAGGCGUUCCGUCUCAUUCGACUGCAGUUGCGAGUCACGGCUGUUGAGGAACCCGGUGAGGAUGACGGCAAGGACUUUCCCGUCGUGCAUUUCCAAGGUUCCAGUAAGAGUACAUUCAUGGCGUGGGAUCCGAACGCGAAUUCGAGGAUUCGAGGCACGGUCCGACAAACUCCAAGUGGCGCAAUUCGCUGGACGACAUUCUCCAUCUUCCACGGUGAGGAGCGCUGGAGGUCGGAGGGCGUGCAGAUCGGAGGGCUCCGCUCUGGCCGCGGAGUGCUAGGCAACUGGUUCGACAAGGACUACGACAUCCACGGCCCUGCUGGUCCCACGGCAUUCUGGAAGGUCAGCGACGACAUCCUCGAGGAUAAACCCCGGUCAUUUGAUCUCAUUCAUAUAUUUUUCCCAACUCAGGACAACCAUACUGGGCAGGGAUGA